AUGCGCCGCUCUUCGAGUUCAUCGCGUGAAUUGCAAUUGACCGGACUUUCUUCCUCUUCCCUUCGCCCACAUCUAGAUCAACCCGUCUCUUCCGCCAGUGCGGCGUCUUCUCCGUUCCAUCCCAAAGACGCGCGCAUUCUACGUGACGAAUCGCAUCUGGGCCCGUCCCUGUUCCUCUCCUCUCCUUCAUCUGGAGAGUCGAGCCCGUCGACUGCCGGUUCGCCCUCCCAGCAGCAUUCCCCGCGGAGCAUCACUCUCGAGCCCCCGCAGCUGCCAUUCCUCUCGGCCCACCACGCCUCCCGUCGGCCCCAGGAAUCAUUAGUCUCGUCCCCGGAGACUCGCCGAGCGGAUAGCAGUGUUUAUUACACCACGGCCUGGGGGUCCCCGUACGCUGCACCUAGCACUCGGCGACUAUCGUUAACCCUCAGCCAAUUCGCCGGUGUCGACCAAGGUUCGCGUGAGAGCUCGCCUACCUCGUCCGUUGCGGCUGAUCACCCGGAGCUCCGACGAGCAAGUGUCGCCGAAGGAUUCACGGAUCAACCGCUGCAGGGAGAGAAGACUAUCAGGGAUUUCACUCAAGAUUGGAUCAAUCAGUAUCUGUCGGGACAACCACGGACAGAGAAAAGCAAUUGGUUAAGCGACGAUUCCGGAAGCGAGGCCCCGUCUUUCUUCACUGCGAAGAAUCACCUCGCGGACGAUCUUUCUGACGAUUGGCUCGGUCUUGAGGACGAUACUCGCGAAAGCGACCUGCUCAGGACCCCAACCCUUUCGGACUUUGUUGGUCGAAGGGCUGCUGCGCGCGCCAAAGGAAAGAAGAGUCAGCAUAAGCGCGCGGAUACUUUGCGCCAGGAGGAUUUUUGGGGGUUCGCGUACGAUAAGGAACCAUCAACCGACAUAAUGGCUGAUUCUCAAGAGUCACAACCACCCGCCGAGGCUGUGUCCCCGGUGGAAAAGCCGCUGCCGCCUCCACCAGCCAGUACAGCGGAUGAAAACACGAAUACUGGAAGCAAGGAGGAGUUGUCACAACCGGAUGCUCCCAAGAGGCAGGCCUCUGAUAUCAACACAUCAUCUGCGCCAGUAAUGCGGCGAAGAAAGAAGCUCGCGUGGCGCGGGAAAGCUUGUAUUAUUGAUCUGCCGAAUGAUGACCAGCGUGGUACCGAACAGUCUGGCUAUCGUCUGUUGACACGUGAAGAUGUGGAUGAACGUUUGAAACAGUGGGAGCAGGAAGGAUGGGACGUGCGUGGAUUCACUAUUGGCGACGAAGUUGAUCCUUCGGCAACCACCGAGCUCGGUGGGUUGAGCCGUCCAUUGUAUCCCGAUCCGUAUGAGGUUUACGAAGAGACCAAGGGCCAGCGGCCGUUCAUUCAAUUCCCCGACAAGGCCGUGUGGGAUGCCUACGUUGCAGAGCUACAGGAGGAGAAAUUGCGGGCUCUUGGUGUCUCAUUUGGUGACCCCGAGCCUCAAUCUUCGAUCUCUCCAGCAUCGGCUGCUCAGACACCUUUCCCUGGUCUCGUGGCCUCGCCGCCAAUUCCCACUGCCUCAGCUGGAAGCAAUCCCCUGGGUGCGGUGCAUCCCUUCUCACCUCACUUUGGCCAGCCAGCAGGAACGACGAGCGGUGGUAUUGGAUCUCUGGCAUCGCCUGCUUCUCAGUUCAGCGUGCAAACUCCGUUCAUGGGUAUCGAGCAAAGCAUGAUGCCUGGUUACCCAUUCCAAUUCCAGCCUACGCCUCCUGCGCAGGGUUCCAUGACCCCUCAGAACCUGAUCAAUAUUCGCCAAGCCAGCGGAUCGGUGGGCCCUGGGAGCCUUGCUAACUUCAAUUCGAUGCUGUCUCCUGUGUCACCACUUCAUGAACAGGGUGCUUUCCAUGGCUUCAACGAGAAGGCUGUAUGGGAUAACCACUAUGGACAUGAUGGUCAAGACGAUGGACCGCCCUACCCUACUCCCCAGACUCCCGUCAACGCCCCGGAUCACUUCCACGCCUCGAAUGUUGAGAUUGCCCACCCGACACCCCGUGGUCACGGUCACAACUUGAGCGAGACUCUUCAGCGCGGACUCGAUCAAAUGAACCACUCCGAAUACCGUAUGGAUGACCAGAUGGAGCAUCACAUGAACGAGGAUCACGUUGAUCACCACCGGGGCUUUAACCCCGCCAUUCUCCAGAACCACUGGGCGAUGCACGAGCAGGAUCAACACCACCAGAUUCAGAACAACGUACGACAGCCAUCACACUCCUUCUCCCAGCAGCCCCAUGAAUUUUACAACCACUUUGGUCAACCUGAUGUUCAUGAGGGCUCGGAUCUGGAAACGAAUCCCAGUCUUACUGGAACCCCACAUGUUCGCGGUGUCUUGCCUAACCAAGGACCCUGGCAUGAGUCCAAGGCUAGCCAUCACUCCAAGCUCUCCAUUUCAUCCCUCAAUGUGGACGCCAAGCCGUUCGAUCCCACCGCUUCCUUCGCGUCCCAACAGGGAGCGUUUGGUAACAAUGCAUUCCAGUUUGGUGGCAUGGAUGGAAUGGCCCAAUCCGGGUUCGGCUUUGCUCCUGCGCCAUCUUUCGCCCCAGUUAAUGUGAUGAACGGUUCUAUCCAUCAUAACCCCGUUCCUGAGCCCGAGCCCGAACCGAAGCCUAGCUCGUUCAAGUUCUCUGCUGCAUCGUUCAACGUGGACGCACCCGUGUUCAAUCCUUCUGCUAGCCUCAACUCGAAUGCCAGCUCCGAACAGGCCUCUGGUAGCCGGACCAAGAUCUUCGGGGAUAUCGAUUUCGCUGAAAUUGCUAAGCCCCCUAAGCAAUCUAAAGCUAUUCCUAUCGUUCGUCCUGAUGAGAUUGACUCUGCCAGGGAGGAGGAACAUGAGCAGGCGACCAUGGAAGAUGCCGAAGGUCGACCCGUCCCCACCGACCGCCACAAGCGUGCUCGCCGUGCUAUUGGUCAUGCUCAGGGCGAGGCUCGGUAUAGCAUCUCCACGCAACCCUUGGGCGAGGCUGGUAACGCUCAAGCUCAGACCUCAGGCUCUCUCCACAUUCUUGCCGAGGGCAAGGAGAAUGCUUUGCCUGAAGAUGACAAGCAUGCUGAGCGCCGGGGUACCCCGAUGAGCGAGGCUACUACCUGGACUUUGUUUGACGUUAAGAACGAGGGUGACGAAGCUCGAUCCCGUGCUGGAUCAAAUGCUCGCCCCGAACAAACUGAGGAAGUCAAGGAGGAGCCUGUUGCCGAGGCUGAGUCUGAACAGACCGCUCCAGCCAGGGAGCAGAAGCCCGUCAAACAUGCUCUUCAGGACUCUCGGAGCUCCAUCAAGAGCACCAUGUUGUCGCCCACCGCUCAGCCUUUCGAAUUCAAGCCUGCUGUUUCUUCAUUCGUGCCAACGAGUGUGCCUACUUCCGACUUUGCUCAACAGAAGCCUGUUGAGCCAGAGCCUGUUAAGAUUGAGGAAACUCAGUCGAAGCCUGUUGAGAAGCAGCCUGCCAAGGGCGGUCUUAUGGCUUCUCGCUUUGCUACUGCCAGCCCACCCAAGCCCGCGCCUGCAGCUGUUGAGAGGAGCUAUGUCGAGCAAACGCCUCAACCUAGGCAUGAUCUCUCUCGCUGGCAGGAAUCCGCUGAGGAGUCACCGGAUGACGAGGAGCUCAAUGCUAUUAUGGAGCAGCUCAAUGACGACUCUGAUGUUGGCAUCGAGCGCCAGCACACUCCUCUUCCUCCUCACUUUGUCUCCGAGUCCGCUCCCACCAAGGAGCACCGCUUUGGCUCCGCUGAAGCCCGAAGCGAGGCCCCCAGCCCCAGCCCCGGCGGUGGCCAGAAGACCUACAAGCUCAACAUUCCCAAACUCGGCUCCGAUAUCGAUGCCGCCAGCAACGCUACUUUCUCGCCUCAGAAGAGCCUUAUCUCGCGUAUUCAGUCUCCCGUGCGCCAGCUUAUCACUGAGAACGACCAUGUCAGUGAUUGGGAUGACAUGAUUUCCUCGGGCGAGGAUGAGAAGUUCUUCAACCGUAACCGCUUCUUCGAUCGCCGUAUUAAUGAUAUCGUUGGUUCUGCCAUUGAUGAUCGUUUGACUCCCAUGGAGCGUGCUUUGGCUGUCAUCCAGCAGUCCGUUGCUACGAUUGCUUCCGGUACCGCUAGCCGGAGAGUCUUCCGCAGCACCUCCGCUGAGAUGGACGAGAGCGAUGCAGAUGACGAGGAUGAUGAGGGUCACGAGAGUUCUGUUCGUGAACGCUCUCCGCACCACAUGCGCGAUCGCAAGUUGGAGAUGUUGAAGAGUGUCGUUAUGGAAGCCCUGGUUACGCAUGAUAUGCCCAACCGUGGAAUCCAGCACUCGAGUCACAGCGAGAUGGCUCAGCUUAAGGAGAGCAUUGCGGAGCUUCAGGCUCUGACUAUCAAGAAGUUGGCACAAGACCCUGUUGGCGAUAUGCGUGAGAUCCUUGAGGAGUCUCUCGUCCGCCACAUGGCUCAGCAGACCCCGCGGUUGUCGGAGGCUGACGAGAUCGGUGCCGACAGCCUUAUGCUCCAGAUUGACGGUCUGAAGAGCAUGCUGCGUCUCGCUGACGAGCGUUCUGAGACUGAGUACCGACUGCGUCGCGAGGCGACCGAUUCUGUGGGCGAGCUUCAGCAGCUGCUGAAGGUUGCUGAGGAGGAUGCUGCUCGUCACAGUGCGGCUGCAGAGGAUGCAGAGGCCCGUCUUCUCCAGUUCAAGGAGGAGAAGAUUCCCCAUCUGGAGAAGAUGCAGUUCCGUUCCGAGUCCCUCGCUGAAGAGAGUGAGACUCUCAAGGUUACUAUUGCCGAGCUCUCUACCAAGAACAUUGCUCUCGAGGGCACUUUGGAUGAAUACCGUGUUUCGGCUGACAGCUUCCGUCGUCAAUUGGAGACUACCAAGGCCGAGAAUUCGUCCUUGCAUGAGACUGUUGAUGCAUUGCGCACUCGUAUCGAGGAUAGCAUGGCUGCUCGUCAGAACUUGACUGAGAAGUUCGACCGGUUGCAGACUGACAUGGUGAACGUCACGGCCGAUGUUGCGCGCGAGCAGGCUUCCUGGCGCCGGAAGGACGAGGAGCAAGCUGCCAAGUACAAUGAGCUGCUGGCCUCGUUCAACCGUGAGGUCAAGCUUCGUGAGAAGUUGGAGGAGGAAGUUGCCGUCUUCGAGAAGCAGGAGAAAGAGGCUGCUAAGGUCAAGUUCCUCUAUGAGCAGUCACAGCAAGAAAAUGUCAAGAUGGAGGAGACCAUUGCAGUUCUGCGGGCUGAGAAUCACAAUCUUCAGUUGACUGCGGCUCGCUUCGAGCGCGAGUUCAAUGAGGCCCGUGAGAGUAGCCGUAUGGAGAUUCAGCGUACCCGCACGUCGAUGGAGGCGGAUCUCGAGGCUUCCAAUAGCCAAGUCAAUAUCGUUCGUGCCGAGCUCGAGGCUCAGAUCCUUCGUCUUGAGACCCAGCUGGAUAAUGUUCGUCUUGAUGCUGAUACCUCUCGUGAGCGCUAUGAGAUGUUCCUCGAGGAGGCAAAGGAGUCCCGUCUUACUGCUCUUGCUACCGCGAACGAGUCGCGAGAGCUUGCCCUUGAAGAGCAGCGUAAGACUCAUGAGCGGGUGCUUAAUGAUCUUCGCGAGCGCCACGCCCGUGCUCUGCACAAUUCUUCCGAGGAUCGCCAGCGUGGUGAGGCUCAUAUGAUCGACCGCCUGGCUCUGGCGGAUGAUCGGGCUAAGCACCUCGAGGACCGUGUGCAACAUCUCGAGGAGAAGUUGGAGAUUGCCCAGUCCGCUGCUCGUGCAGCCGCUGAAGCCGCUCAAACCGCCAAGGCAGCUCCUACAAUUCCCCUUCCAACUCCCGCGGCGCCUACACACUCGACUUCGCCUUCCAUGUCCUUCAGCAAGGGAUCCCAGGAGCCGGAGAGAAUCUCUCCGCAGGCCCUGCGUGAGUCGAUCUUUGUCUUGCAGGAUCAGCUUCAGCAGCGUGAGACACGUAUCGAGGAGCUUGAGCAGGAGGUUGCUUCCAUGGACAAGGAUGCCCCCAACAAGAUCAAGGAGAGGGACAGCGAAAUCAAUUGGCUUCGUGAGCUGCUCGGUGUUCGCAUCGAUGAUCUCCAGGAUAUCAUCAAGACUCUUUCACAGCCUUCCUUCAACCAGCAUGCCGUCCGCGACGCUGCUAUCCGUCUAAAGGCCAACCUCCAGAUGCAACAGCAAGAGCGGGAACGCACGCUGACCGGCUCCGGUCUGCCAUCGCUUCAGUCUCUCACCGAGCUCGCUGCCUCGCCCCGUUCGCUUCCCCUCGCUGCAGCUGCGGCCUGGGGUAACUGGCGCAAGGCCCGUGAGAGUGCCAACGGAGGCUCAACUCCAUCCGAGCAGACCCCAUCCAAGUCCAGCAACGCCGGCGCAUUCCUAUCCGGUCUUCUGACUCCUCCGAGUUCCCAUGCCCGACAGAAUGCUCCCAACACGAGUGGUCCCGGACGCGCUUACGCAGAGACCCGCCCGCUGAGAGGCUUCAACUCCACCCCUCGCCGUGGAUCGGUUCGUCAGGAAGUCCCCAUCACCGAGCCACCAAAGACUCCUCCUCUCCUCCGCCGCUCGAGCUAUGAUCACGACGCCGAGCCGGCAAACUACGAAGAGGGAAACUUUGCCUCGGAUGAUAUCGAGUCUACCGUCGACGGCAUGGUCUCAGCUUCGCCAAAGGACUCGGACGAGGGACCCUUCGGCCCGUCGAUUUCCGCUGAAGCUAUCGCCGAAGAGUGA